AGAAGGGGGAGGUGAAGAGAACGGAUGAAACAUUUGAAGCUCAUAUUGACAUGCUGCUCUGAAGGCUCCUGUGAGUCCAGCCAUGGAUAGUGUUUUGGAAGGAGCAGCGUUGUUGUGUGUGUGUAAACUGGCCUGCAGUCUCCCCUUCCUGCCCUCACUGGCUCGCUCAAACAGCCCCGUCAGCUUCUGCUGCUGCUGCCUCCUGGUCUUCACCGACUUCCUGGUCGCAGUCUUUCUGACUUUCCUUUGCAUCUCUGAGUCCUGGCUAACUGAGCAGACCCCACAUGGUGAUGUUGUUGCCCUGCGCUUCCUGAUCUUCCUCAGCCACACAUACGGCGGGGUGUUGCUUCUGACCGUACCUCUGAUUGCAGUGGACACUCUGACCAGACUGCUGUGGCCUCGCUCUGUUGUCGCUCACAGGACCAGGACAGUGAGACAGACAGUGGGCUCUGAUGGACAACGUUGUUAUGUUUGGGAGGUAACUGGGGAAGAGGAGGAGGACAGCGAAGACAACAGAAACAAAGAAAAGGGGUUGUCUCAUCAUGAUGUCAGCUACCUCUGCUGCCUGUCGGUGUGGGUCGUCGUCGCCCUCAAUGUCAGGUGGCGAUGGAAGCGGGAGGAGGCGUGGGCUGCUGACUGUUUGCACACAACCAACUCCCUCGUCAGAUGCUUGCCCAACCUGUUAAGCCCCAUGUCCAGCACUUUGAAUCCCUGCUGGGGCAUAACCUUCCUCUCCGUCCUCCUGCUCCUCCUGACCGUGAGCACAGGUCUGCACUGUCGACACCGGGCCCCUGCACAGACGACGAGGACGCGCACAGAGAAACGUGGAGUUAACAAUAACGACAGCGACAGUCGCUGGCAAGACCUCGCCUCUGCAAUGUCUGGGCCCUCCAAGCCUCCGAACACUGGGAUGCCGGAGCCGGAGCCAGCACUGUGUGUUGACCCAGGGAAAACAGAGAGCAGCUGCACUGUUCACAGAGCGUAUUCCUGGAACGGCGUGCAGAUGUCGGCACAUCACCAUGGAGACUUUGUUUUCAUCUCCCCUGAAUGUUUGUCUGCAGAGAGAAGAGGACAGGAGCACGAACGGACAAAGAAUUGUAUACCUUUGACAUUUAUCACAGAGGACGUGGAUGCACAAAACAGGAGCCAAAGUGGGUGGGGACAGUGGGGUUUUCCCUGCCCUGGGGUGAAUGUGAUAGGGUUCGUCUGUGUGCUCUUCAUCUUUGUGCUGCCUCUAAACCUCAGUGUGAACAUUCUUCUGAUCAGGACUAUAGAGACUCUGCUGGAGCUGUGUAUCAAAUAUUUACUUUCAUCUGCAGCAAACACAAGCAAUGCAUCCACCUCUCACAAUGAAACGCUUGUAUAAAACCAGACUAGUGAGAAGCAAAAGUGGACGCUGAUUGAAGGCUAGGUGCAACAGGAUAAGCAGAUUAAUAUUGCAUGUGUGCAGACAGGAGGUCUACCUGUCAACACUGGCUUGAAUAGAGUGUAAAUAAGCAUUUCUGAGCAGCUAUUCACAUGGGAAGAAUAAAAUGAAGAAACUGCUGAAAGGUACAGAGGAGUCAUGUUGAGGCGUGCUUGGUAGUAAGGCACUAAACUAGAGAGAAACAGGCGGCUGGAAGGCCUGUUUUUAUUGUUCAGAGCCUCAAGAUCUGCAGCGAUUUGUCAUUACUCAAUGGGUUAUAGAACCAGCCUCUCCAAAGUAAAUAAGACUAAUCCAGAUGCAAACUUUGUUUUCAAAGCAGUCAUAUGAAGUGUUCUGAUGCUGCAUCACAUACACCCUACAUAAAGCAAUAUAAAUAAAUACUGAGUGACUUGAGGGUGGACCACAAA